AUGCUCAAAUUGGUCAACCAACGCAACGUCUGGGGUGUUUUCCGCCUCCUCAGCCAGCAUGACCUGAGCAGCGUUGAACGUCUUCGGGAAGGUCUUGAAUUCGACACGCCCCGAGUGUUUCCCGCCACUGCCGCAGCCAGCAACUCCACGGCUAAUCCCCAUGUCAGAGGCGUCCUCGAUUUCACCCAACCAAAGAGUCAACCUUCGACAGGAGGGAACACCAUUCGGUCUUUUCAGAACUUGAUCCUCUCUUGCUUGGUUGUUGCUCCUCUCGGAAAACCCCUUCAAAAGUUCAAUGACAAAUUACAGCUUCUCGAGGCGCUUCGCGACGCCAUCAAGGGCCACAGAGACCUCUACAACAACGGCAUUCUUCACCAAGAUGUCUCCAUCUGGAACGUCAUGAUUGUAACAGCGAGUGGCCCAGGGGAUCCAAAGGGCAUCCUCAUUGAUCUCGACAUGGCAGCCAAACUUGAGGACCUUCUUCCCGACGGGAGAUCCUCGGUAAGUAUACCACUGUUCAUGGCCAUUGAGGUCUUGAUAUAUAAACGACACACAUACCGCCAUGACCUCGAGUCCUUUCUCUAUGUUCUUCUCUGGAUGUCCAUCACCAAUCGAUCCGACGGGCUUCCAGAGGAGAGCAUGAUGAAGCAGUGGACCAAAGAGGGUGACCCUAAUCAACUAGCAGCGCUCAAACAUCACGACAUGAAAGAGGAGCAUUUCGAGACAAUGCUUCAUGAUUUCGACCCCGAAUUCCACGAUGUCAAGAUUCUCGCCCGGGCUUUUCACGCCAUCAUAUUUCCGACUUUGGAGGACGGAUCACUGUUCGUGGGAACAAAGAGCGACGCAUCAUCAGCCGGCGAGAUGUACCAGGCAAUCAUUGAUGUUUUUGAUGGUGCGAUUGGUCGGCUUGGCGCGAAGAUGUAG